AUGUCAACGGAGAAAAUAACAUACAAUAUCAGUCGGCUGGUAACCCCGUUGGUAGGUGAAGAUCUUCAUCAUCCAUCUUUGUUGAUGGACAUUGUUCGAUAUAAUUUUAGAAAAGCUGAUUUUCUGGGGUUAUAUGAUGCUUUGAUGAAAAUGGAGUGGUCCGACAUACUAGAGAUACAUGAUGUGAAUGAUAUCUGCGCAUAUUUUUAUGACAAUAUAUAUGAGAUGUUCGAGAUAUAUGUCCCGAAGACGAAGGUGGUAACAACUCAUUUUCCCCUCUGGUAUUCGUCAACUACUAUCAAAAUGAUUAAGAAGAAGAACCGUAUAUGGAAAUCGUAUAAGAUAUCUCACAUAUUAUCAUGUAAAGAAGCAGCGCGAAAACUGGAGGAGCAAAUCAAGAUAGAAAUCAAGAAGGAUUUUCGUAAUUUUCAAAGGUCCGCUGAAGCUAAUAUGAAAUCUCAUCCUGCCAGAUUUUGGUCAUACGUUGCAACAAAGAAAGGUAGAACGCGUAUACCAGGGAGAAUGAUUUAUAAUGGGCAACCGAUAUCUACACCUAGAGAUAUUGUCAAUUCAUUUGCGGAUUGUUUUAGUAGUCUAUUCGAGCCAGCAAGCUUCGUAGAGAGUAGGGAUGGUGUAUUUGGUUGUGGUAAUUCCCGUGAAAAUACAAUAGCAGACAUCGGAGAAGACGACGGAUUUGAGAAUCUAGGUUGUUCUGUAAGUGUUCUUCAUACAUUUUGUGUAACGGAUGGUGAUAUUUUACAAGCUGCGAAGAAGCUUAAGUCAAAUUUAACGAGUGGUGAUGACAGCAUCCCAGCAUUCAUAGUGCGUGAUUGUAUAAGUGUUCUGUUGUUACCUUUAAGUCAUUUAUAUAAUUCUAUAAUUUCAUGCGCUGUGUAUCCUGAAGUUUGGAAAAUAGCAAAGUUAUUCCUUUGUUCAAAUCUGGCUCUAAAGAAGAUGUGGAUAAGUAUAGACCAGUUGCAAUCAUUUCAAAUUUCGCAGAUUUUUCAGAGUAUUCUUGUCAAGUAUAUGUAUAGCCACGUUAAACAGAUGAUAGUAAGCCAACAACAUGGAUUUAUGCCAGGCAGAUCCACAACCACUAAUUUAUGUAAUUUUUCGCAAGAUAUGUCAAACUUAUUGGAUCAACAGUUACAAGUAGAUGUGGUUUAUACGGAUGUCAAAGGUUUGUGUGACAAGUUGAUCCAAUUAUUUCAAUCAAUCCUUGUGGGUCAGAAACAGUAUGUCUAUUACAUGUAUUGUAAAUCUUAUAUGUAUGAGUGCAGUAGUGGGGUGUGCCAAGGUUCGAAUUUAGGACCAUUGUUGUUUACUAUCUUCAUAAACGGGUUAAUAGCAUUACUAAAGAAGCACUGUAAAGUGUAUACGUAUGCUGAUGAUAUAAAAUUUUUAAAACCUAUUCGGAAUGUGACUGACUGUGAAGCAUUCCAAAAUAUCGGGAGCAUCUUUUAUGAGUGGUGUAAUGAUAAUAGAUUGGAAGCGAAUGCAUUCGAUAUUUUUGCCGUUUCACGAAGUGUUUUUGGUACUAAAGCAAAAUUAGCACUGUCUGUAAGUAAUUUAAUGUAA